UCGCAGACCCGAGGAGAGCGGCAGGCGGAUGCCAGCGCUCUGAUCCUGAGCACAAUAUAACCUUGUUCUAACCAAGAACAAUACAAGAGUACUUGGAGAGGCCAGCCUGAGGAAAGGAAAGGCUUAAAAAUGGCAGAGCUCACAGUCAAGAAUGGCAGCUGCAUGGACUGGCAAAAAAGGUGCCUUGUGUUGGAAGCCCAGCUCUUCAAAUUCCGCCUGCAAGCCAGUAAGAUCCGGGAGUUGCUGGCUGAGAAGAUGCAGGAACUGGAGCAGAGAGUGAUUGAAGCAAAACAGAGAGCCCAAUGUGCACAGAAACAGGCUGAAGUGGUGGAAGAGAAGUUGAAACUUGCAAACAUGAAAACAAGUGAAUCAAUUGAACACAAGAAAUACCAGGAACUGAUGAACAGUGUACAAGAAAAGGAUGAACUGAUAAACCAACUGGAAACACAACUGGAAGAGCAGAAGCGAUUGAGAGCACAAGAAGCUAAAAUUGUUCAAGAAAAAGCUGCCAAAAUUAAGGACUGGGUGACAGUUAAGCUGAAAGAGCUUGAGCUGGAAAACCAUUACCUUAGGAGUUGCAACCUGAGGUUGACAGAGCAGAUUGAAGCACUUCAGAAAGCUUUGAAGGAUACAACUCCAUCUGUUUCAAGUUGUAAUGUUCAGCUACCUAGAAGUUCACUAUCACCCUUCCUUGAGAACUCAGACCAGAAUUCCAGUCUUUUCUCGGUGGACAUCCAACAGACUUAUCAACAUUUAUCUGCAAAAGCUAUAACAUCAAAACCUUUCCAGAACUCACUGAAAUUUGCUGUUGACUCCUCACAUGACAAGAAUUCUUCAGAAAAAGAUUUUGUCUCUCUGGCAUCUCCAAAAACCUGCACAGCAUCACUGAACCAUCAAACUGAUACUAUGAAAUUUCAUGGAGCUUUGACUUUACAGUCUCCUCUGGAACUUCAAAAGUCCAUCAGUGACUUGGGCAAGAUAGCAUCUGUUCUGUACAAUCCAUCAGAUGAACUGAGCACCACAUUCCAUACUCAUAGGUUAGAUUUGUCCUCCAGAGAAAUAGCAAAGGCUCCUAAUUGUUCUGUUUCACCAUCCAUUCCAGCCUUAAACUUGUCAAAAACUAUUACUUUAGUACCUUCAGAUUUCUCAAGGAAGGAAGGUGGCAGUAUGACUCUCCCAAAAGCUCGGACUCCGAGCAAUCCAAGAGACAGCAUCCAACUAGCCAAGAGGCAUUAUAGCCAACCUCAGUCAGGAACUGACUGUUUUCAUCAUGUGGUGAACAUUGAGAUCAGCAAAUUUCGGUCUGUUAGAGCUCUUGAGCAAAGCCAGAGAGAAGUGGAAGAGACAGAUAUUGAUGAAGAGGUAGCAGAGAAAAUGGAGAUGGAGGAUUGUCUGAAGGAGGAGGGAGGGAUAGACAAAGAGACUCCUCAGAAUCUUUGUUCAAGCAAGGAGAUGGGGACUUCUGAAGCCAACGUAAGGGACUUGGGAGACAAACCCCCCACUCCUCCCUUGCACAGAUUUCCAUCUUGGGAGAGCCGUAUCUAUGCAAUAGCCAAGAGUGGAAUGAGACUGUCAGAAGUGGCUCUUGGGAAUGACUCUUCUAGCCAGAUUUUAAAGGCCUCAACUUAUUCAUCCCCUGGGCCAUUUACCUGCCUCAUUUACAGAAAUGUUACAGUGCCUGUCUACACCAUGCUAAAAGGGAAAGCGACCCAGAUCAGCAGUGUUCCUUUCUUAGAUGAAUCUUCCUGCUCUGAUGAUGACUGCAGCUCCCAUGUUAGUCUCAGAGCUUCCAAUGCAGGAUCUGAGCCCAGGAAGACAAGCAGCCUUGGCAGUCCUCGUGCGGUAAAACGAGCAGGAAUUUCUGUAUCCUCACUGAGCUCAGAGAGUGACUAUGCCAUCCCUCCUGAUGCCUAUUCAUUGGAUGGAGACUAUUCUGAACCAGAGCACAAACUGCAGCGGACAUCCUCAUAUUCCACUGAUGGUGGGGCCUAUAGUGGACCCAUGGAGAAAUCUGGCUAUUUGCUGAAAAUGAGCAACCAGGUGAAGACAUGGAAGAGAAGGUGGUUUGUUUUGAGAAAUGGACAGCUCAUGUAUUAUAAAUCUCCAAGUGAUAUAAUCUGCAAACCUCAAGGACUGGUUGAGUUGAAUUCUUCUUGCCAGAUUGUACGAGGUGAAGGAUCUCAAACAUUCCAGCUUGUUACUGAAAAAAGGACCUACUUCUUGACAGCCGACUCUCCUAACAUCUUGGAGGAAUGGAUCCAUGUCCUUCAAAAUAUGAUCAAAGUGAAAGUGACCAGUCCCACUGAAGUCCCUCUCAGUGAUGCAAAACCCACUGUGAAAGGCUGGCUCACCAAGGUGAAACAUGGGCGCUCUAAGCUGGUUUGGUGUGCACUGAUUGGAAAGACUUUUUACUAUUAUCGAAAUCAUGAAGACAAGUGCCCUCUAGGUUAUUUGCACAUGCGUGAAUCAAAGGUGGAAGAAGUGGAUCACUCCUGUGACUCUGAUGAGGAUUAUGAAGCUAAUGGUGGGGGCCUCUUUUCUUCUUAUUGCACCCUGGUGAUUCACCCUACAGAUCAGAGUCCCAUCUACCUACUAGUUGGUACAAAACAGGAAAAGGAUACUUGGUUAUACCACCUGACAGUGGCAGCAGGCAGCAGCAGUGCCAGAGUGGGCACUGCCUAUGAACAGCUGAUUGGGAAAUUAUUGGAUGCAGAAGGAGACUCAAAUUCUCCUUUGUGGAAGCAUCCUACUCUGUGUUACAGCAAGGAUGGCCUGCACACACCCCUCACCACUCUGCCUUCAGAGGCACUGCAAACGGAGGCCCUGAAACUCUUCAAGUCUUGCCAGCUGUUUAUCAACGUCCCUGUAGAAGCUCCUUCCAUUGACUACCAUGUGUCACUAGCCCAGACCGCCCUACAAGUUUGCCUGACCCACAAUGAGCUACAGAAUGAAAUUUAUUGUCAGCUAGUUAAACAGACAAGCAGACCAGCUCAGAACCACUCAGUCAUUCAAUGCUGGCAAUUACUGGCUUUGUGUGCUCCUCUCUUCUUGCCUCAGCACCAUUUCCUUUGGUAUGUCAAGCAUCAUUUGCAGCAGCAUGCAGACCCCAGAAAUGAAAUAGGAAAGUAUGCAAUUUACUGUCAGAGAUCAGUGGAACGUACUUGGCAAGUUGGUGAACGAGAAGCCAGACCUUCCCGAAUGGAGAUUGUGUCCAUUUUGCUGAGAAACCCCUACCACCACUCAUUUCCCUUCAGUAUUCCAGUGCACUUUAUGAAUGGAACCUACCAGGUAGUCGGGUUUGAUGGCUCCUCAACAGUGGAAGAGUUCCUGCAGUACCUGAAUCAAGAGACAGGAAUGAGGCAAUCAUCACUCUCUGGGUUUUCCCUCUUUACAGAUGAUCCAUCUGGCAGGGAUAUAGAACACUGCCUUCAAGACCCUAUGAAGAUCUGUGAUGUCAUUUCAAAGUGGGAGCAAGCUUUGAAAGAGUUGAAUCCUGGGAAGUAUGAAGGUGGCACAAGAAUAGUGAAGCUAACAUAUAAAAACAGACUGUAUUUUCGAUGUCAAGCCAAAGGUGAAACAGACCGAGAGCGCUUGCUGCUGGCUUUCCAGAUGAGUGGUGAAAUAGCCAGUGGGAAGUUCCCUGUCAAUAAGGAGCUGGCUCUGGAAAUGGCAGCUCUGAUGGCCCAGGUGGAUUAUGGGGACUUGGAUCGACCAACAACAUCAAGCCCUGGGGGGUCAUCACAUUCCAAAAUGCAGCAUCUUCUCCAGCAGGUGCUAGACAAAUGCUAUCCCAAGCGUUACAAGCACCAGGCUACUAGUGAGCAGAUAAGGCAGCUGGCUGAUCAAUUGAUGGCAAAGUGGAUGGUGCUGCAAGGGUGUUCUUCUCCAGAAUGUGUCCGGAUCUUUUUGACUGUGGCUCGGAAAUGGCCCCUCUUUGGAGCCAAACUAUUUACUGCUAAGCCUGUCCUGCCUUCUCCCCUGGAAGACUGUCCAUUGUGGAUAGCUGUUAAUGAAGAUGGAAUCAGUAUGCUGGAAUACAGCACUAUGCACUUAAAACUAUCUUACGCAUUCUCCUCUGUGCUGACCUUUGGAGGGUUCCAUGAUAACUUUAUGAUUGUAAUCCGCCAAGUGAAGGACAGGAAUUCUGGGAAAAUUACCCCUGAAAAACUGCUUUUUGCGAUGGCAGCACCAAUGAUUGUUGAAGUGACUCUCCUUAUUGCCAGUUAUAUUAACUACUGUUCAACUCCACGCCCUCCUACUCCAAGCAUCAAUUCAACAUGGAGUACAUCAUCUGCUAAGAAGCUAAUGAAAAUUGAAAGUAGAUGUUUCUUUCCUUCUCUGCCCCGAACCACUAAGGGGCCAACGCUGCUGUAAGGCCCAUUUUCCUUUGCCAGACUGUGAAUCAAGAACUACUGUGAUUUCACUGCUUACCUGCCUGUGACCAGGCAGGCUGCAGGUCUACCUCCUUGGUAAUGUACAGCAUUCCUAGAGACUUGUUUAGUGUUAGACUCCUCCUACCUGCUAGAUUAGGGGUAGGGUAUCUAUUUUGAACAGACUGUG